AUUCACGUGACUAUCUCAGGCGGGAGUCGGGCACAUGAGGAGCCGCCAUUGUUCCAGUGUUUCAUAUGUGGUGGUUUUAAGACAUUUGUAGCCUCUCCGCGGACUGCAUACGCAGAUCAGUGCGGGCAAAAAUCACCGGAAAGAUAAGACACGCCAAAGAGAAGCCGACCACACCGCUAGCCAGUCAUCAGAAGGGAAGCAAGACGGCCAACAGUGGUUUGUGUGAUGUCUCGCUGUGUUCAAACGACAUCCAAGAUGGCCUCCCUACGUUCGUGUUUUUUCUGAAGUGCUCUGUGGGGGUUCGGGACGCGAAGACUUUGGGACAGCAGUUGUGCUGACAGUUGAACGAUCGAUUUUUUUUUCUUUCCGUGGUUUCGUUCACGUUUUGCCGAUUCCUGGAGAUGCAACGCAUGAAAAGCCAAGGAAAUCCAGCAGUGAGCAACGGCCCGAAGGACAUGGUCAAGGAUGAAGAGUUUGACUCAUGGCGAAACCAGAACCAGCAGCCCCAGCCAGCUGCGCAGCAGCAGACAACCUACCAGCCCCACCUGUCGACAUCGAACCUGGGCGAGCCGUACAUCCCCAGCUACUAUGCGUCCAUGUCCUUUCCUUACUUGAACCAGGGCCUCGGCGAUGGAGCUUGGAGCAAUGGUGGUGACCCUGUCGGCUUCUUUGGCUCCUACGGGGGUCAGAUGGGUGCAGGCGGCGAACAACCGCCGCAGCAUUACGUUGACGGGGGUGCCGGAAUGUUCAGUCAGAACAGCUUUGCGGGAUAUGGCCAGGGCUUCGGCUUCUUCCCGGGCAGUGGUGGUGACUACUCGACGUGGGGGACGGCGGCGAGCUCUGGGCAGCCGGCGGCGGCAGCGGCAGCAAGCAAGGGUUACCCGGAGGAGUACUAUCGCGGUGACUAUGACCAGGCGGGCAUGUCGGACAGAGGGCUGAAGCAUCUCGAACAAGGCUUGAGGUCCCUGGCCUUGGGUGGUGACAAGGACUUUGGGUCCAAGGAGCCGUACGGCAAAGACCCCAAGAAGCUGGGCGGUAGCGACAAGAAGCUGUCGUGGGCGUCUGUAGCGAGCCAGCCGGCCAAGCCGAAGGCAGUGAAAAGCAAAAGCCCCCUUCUGGCUCCGGCCUGUGCCCAGCAAGCAUCUAUGGACAUUGGCACUUGGGAGGGAAAGAACGGUGCGAAGCCGCGGGGCAGUGCCGCGCCGUGGGCGAGCCAGGCACCACCGCCUCCCGAGAGCAGCUACACGCAUCCCGUGCUGGAAAAGCUCCGACUCGAGAACAAUUACAACCCCAAGGACUUUGACCUGGAGCCGAAAGGGGCGCGCUUCUUCAUCAUCAAGAGCUACUCGGAGGACGACAUCCACCGAUCCAUCAAGUACUCCAUCUGGUGCUCGACGGAGCACGGAAACAAGCGGCUGGACGCUGCCUACCGCGAUGCGCAGGGCCCCGUGCUGCUCUUCUUUAGCGUCAACGGGUCGGGCCACUUCUGUGGCAUGGCCGAGAUGGUGUCGCCUGUGGACUACACGGCCUCUUCGUCGGUAUGGGCGCAGGACAAGUGGAAAGGGCAGUUUCGUGUGCGCUGGGUGUACGUCAAGGACGUGCCCAACUCUCAGCUUCGGCACAUUCGGCUUGAGAACAACGAGAACAAGCCUGUGACCAACUCGCGGGACACCCAGGAGGUGCCGCCGGACAAGGGCCGCCAGGUGCUCAAAAUCCUGCACGGCUUCCGGCACACUACGUCCAUCUUUGACGAUUUCCUCCACUACGAAAAGCGUCAGGAGGAGGAUGAACAACGAGAGUUUCCCUCAGUUCCGGCGGGUGGACCAGCAGAGCCAGGAUUGCUGCCCAAUCUUGACCACUUAAAAGCUGCAGAAGCAAUGAAGGACAACAAGCAGAUGCCCAUGCCAACGAGCAACCAUCACAUGCAGUCGAGGUACCACCACCAGCAGGCGUGGUGAAGUGGCGUGCGGUGCGAGGCCUUCGGCGGUGUUAUUUUCCCCCUCCCCAAUUGCAAGACCCCCCGUUGCCACAGAAACCCCUUUGACGAUGAAGACGACGACGACUGGAAAUGCGCCACCGUGACACUCCCCGUGCGCCGAGGCUUUCGACGUCAGCGACGGCGUGGCCCAUUCUCUGUGGUUCUGCUGUGUGCGUGCGUGUGCUAUUCGUGUGCGCGUGCACCUCGCGUGAUGUGUGUGCCCUCCGCCGAGGCAAGGACCACGGGCCUCUUUUUUUUCCUUUUUUCCCUGUAAACUCCCGUCAAGUGCUUACCCCUUCCGAUGCCCUUUCUCUUGUUUCUGUGCUGCACAGCUGUUAACCGACAGUGGAUAACUCUAUCUGGGGAUGAGGGAGGUGGGGCAUUGGAAAACUGCUCUAACGGUUUCCUGCCAGAGUUAAAGAGGAGAACGAAGGUGCUUUGGGUGCAUCCGGUGACGCUGGGCCGGGUUGCCGGAGAUUAAUGCGUACCGCUACUGCUGCUACUACUGGACCUUCUCCUUACCACCAGUUUUUCUAGAUUCAUUUGCCACCGCCAAGUUGCCGAAGGCUUGGCACGAUUGUUGUUUCUUCUUCUCCCGCCCAUUCCUCGAUCUUUUAAUCUCUUCCUCCCCUUGCCGCUGGCCAAUGUAUUCUUGCUCUCGCUCUUUCAUCUGGCUUGUGCGCUUGAAUUUUGGUCACCCAUCUCUUUUUCUGUCUUAUUCUCUACCUCACUGGUUCUCAACUCCUAUCAUGUGGUUGUUAAUGCAGCGCAAAGCAAAAGAAAAAAAAAUGUAACAGUGGGCAAAGUGGUAACAAAGAUAAAAAAAGGUGGUGGGAAAACUUACACGUGGACAUUUGGGAUUUUUUUUUUCUUUUCCCCCCCUUGUUGGUAGGAUUGGGGGCCAGUGAAUGGAACUUUGCUGCACAGCCUUCUUCCGGACCUCCUCUCGUUGUUUUUGUGGGAAAAUGCUAGUGACCACAAAUUGUUAUCAGUCAGUGGGUUUACCGAAAGGAAGAGACUUACAAAAAAAAAAAACCUGAACUGGCAUCAUUGGAUGGACUUCUUCUUUGUGUUUGUUUUGACUUUGUCAGAAUUUGGGACUCCUAGGACUUGUAAAAAAAGAAAGAAAACAGUGGACUAAAAAAUCACUUGGACUUGAUGACCAAUGACAGACUGGACGCACCGCCGCGAGACAGCAGACGCGCAGUGUUUCGGAAUGUAUGUGGCCUGUGCGUGCUCGGACAGUGGACUUGCUUCAAGGACUUGUGCUGUUGCUUCGUGGGUCCGGGGGAUUGAAAAAAAAAAAAUGGUUCAUCAAGUGACUAGUUGUAUCUAUUUCUGGACUGAACUUCUAAUUUGUUUACCUUUUUUUUUCUUGGUCAGUUAAAACUGAACCCAGUUGUUGGACUUGAUUGACUUUGAGGGCAAUGUGGAUGCCACUAGAAACGCAUGCCUGCAUGUAUUUUUUUUUUCUUCUCUCUUUCUAGGGAUGCUGACGGAUUUUUGCAUUGAAAUGCUUAGCAGUACAUAUUGUGGCCCCCCUUUCUGGCAAUUGUGAGUUACUAAAAACGAAGAAAAAGCCGUUGAUAGUUCUUGUGAUCGUGUGGACCUGUUCUUUUUCUCAAAAUACAUGAUAGUGCAUUCUGUAGCAGUUUUAAGGAUGCCCACUGGAGCACUCAACUAAAAGAAUUGAAAGAAAAAAAAGAUAAUGUGAAAUUGCAUUUCGAGCCUAUUGGAAAAUGGGAGCUGUGGUAUAUACAUAUACUUGCAGGAAGCUGCUGCGCUCGUUACUUGUGUGAGGUCUAUGGCAUCCUUUUGUUGUUGUUAACUUCGCCAAUAAACACUGAGCACAAUGAAAUACACCGAAGAA